UCACCCGCCAUAUUUGUACGAUUCAUUCUGCUCUCUCUCUCUCUCUACCAACACUGCUUCGGAUCGGACAUCUGAAAACCUCCAAUUCAAUCCAGACAAAAACCAUACGAUCAUCUUCUCUUUGAGCAAAAUUCCAAAACCUGCCGGCGUCCGGACGAUGGUAUCAUCACAAUUCGUUUUCCAGAUUCAUGAACUGGAAUAUCCCUAUUAUACAUUCUUCAAUAUCCCCAUUAUUUCAUCACUAUGCUGCCUAGCUUUCACCGAAACUUUGAUUCGCAUCAGACGGUGGUGGAUUUUGCUAUUGACAACGGAUGGGGUGCGUUCAGUCAAGAUCCUUUGAGUACUCGCCAAAUAGUGGCGUUCGGAAGUUCAAUCCGGAACGCACUUACGUCGCCGGAGGAAAUCGGAGGAAUACCGUCGAUACGAGUCGGUCCGGAAAGGUUGCGAGAAGCUCGGCUGUUGUGAAUGAUGGUGGAGUUAGGAAAGUCGUUUAUCUCGAAACGAAGAAGGAGAAGAUCGGUGAUGUUGGGAAUGUUUCGAAGAGGACCAGUGUAUCUGAAAAUGUUGGAGGAGAAGAGCUUGUGGAUGGUUGGCCGAAGUGGCUUGUUGAAAAUGUACCUACAGAAGCUUUGGCUGGUUUGGUACCGAAGGGUGCCGAUUCAUAUGAUAAAUUGGCUAAGGUAGGUGGAGGGACAUACAGCAAUGUGUAUAAAGCUCGAGACAGGGACACUGGAAAGAUUGUUGCCUUGAAAAAAGUUCGAUUCGAUACGUCGGAUUCUGAUAGUAUCAAAUUUAUGGCAAGAGAAAUCAUGGCGUUGCAGAAGCUGGACCAUCCCAAUGUCAUCAAGCUUGAAGGGAUAGUCACAUCAAGAAUGCCUUACAGCCUCUAUCUAGUAUUUGAUUUUAUGAUGUCUGACUUGACUGGAAUAAUCUCUCGUGUCAGUAGGAAGCUCAGCGAAGCUCAGGUCAAGGCCUAUAUGCAGCAACUACUAUCUGGUCUUCAGCAUUGCCAUGAAAGGGGAGUUCUACACCGAGAUAUCAAGCCUUCCAACUUGUUGAUUGAUAAAAGUGGGAUGCUAAAAAUUGCAGAUUUUGGGCUAGCCAAUUUUUUCAUUCCGAAAAGAAGACGUCCUUUCACAAACCGAGUUGUUACUCUCUGGUAUAGAGCUCCUGAGUUGCUGUUAGGCUCUACAGAUUAUGGAGUUGGUAUUGAUCUGUGGAGUGCAGGUUGCCUUCUAGCUGAGAUGUUUCUUGGAAAGCCAAUUUUGCCAGGGAGAACAGAGGUUGAACAACUUCAUAAAAUCUGGAAGCUUUGUGGUUCACCCCCCAAGGAUUAUUGGGACAAAAUGAAGCUACCUGCAAGCUUCUGUCCACCACAAAAUUAUCAACCUGGUUUCCCAGAGGCUUUUUCAGGUUUUUCUACACCUUCCUUUCGUCUCAUAACUACACUUCUCUCAUUAGACCCAGCACGUCGUGGCACUGCUUCGUCUGCUCUUCAAAGCGAGUUCUUUAGCUCAUAUCCACCGGCAUGUGAACUCUCAGAUCUACCUGUGAUUUUCCACAAGGAGGAUGAGCCAGCUAAAACCAGAAGUAGGAAGAAGCAAAGGAGCUCAAGAAAGAUGCGCUUAUCUCAUUCUCAAACACAUCUUGGAUCUCAGCAAGUAGCUAAUGCAACAAAAGCUAGGGAUUCCGAAUCUUUGAAGGAGGAGAGUAGUACACAGCCGAGCACUUAUGGCCGAGGAACGGGGAGCAGCUCAAGCAGUGUUUCUUCAAGUAUUAAAUCAUUUAAGCAUGUAAAGAACAUGCAGAUGUCCCUUUCUCCAAUUCUUCAAUCACAUGGGAAAAGAUCCCCCAGAACCGAAGGUCAUCCUAAUGCUAUUAAGAACAUAAAAAACCCGAACCUCUUGCAGGCUUCUACCCUCUUGCAGGCCUCCAUCACAGACAUCAUCAACCCCAAAGAGGGUAGUGCACUGACUUACUAUCAAAGGUCUAUUUCUACACUGGACCUUCGCAGCCUUUAUCUUGAUAAGCAAUCAAUGCACCAUCAAACAGGUAGAGAAUAGUAGUCUAUUAAAAAGGGUCUUUAAGUAAGCCAAAUUUGUUAUUUCAUGCCUCAUUUACCUAAUAAAAUGCUUUAUUUCCCUUCCUAGGGAGUGAGAGAGAGUUGGGGGUAGGGUGUUCUCAAAUUACCUUUCAUGAAUACUGUGAUAUAAAGAAAUCCAUGCUUGUUGCGGACUAUUUUAUUUGACACUCAUUAUACAAAAUCAUAAUAAUCAGUUUUUUACCCC